AUCAACAAAUAUUUUCCAAUAAUGUGUCACAAAAAACUACAAAUAAGUGUACAAUAAUAUAUUAAUAUGAAUAAUGGGUACAGUAAAAAAUGUACCAAAUAAAAAAGUUUUGUUAACAUAUGAACUUAAUUCCAAGCAAGAUGCUCUAGUAAAUUAUUUAGUACCUUCAGUUUGUGCAUGUAUUCUUUAUAUGUUUUUAAUAGCAGCGGAUAUUGCGGUAAUUUUUAGUCAUUAUAAAAAUGGAGAUCCUAUUUGGGCUUCUCUAACUUUAUUUAUUUUAUAUAUACCAGUAUUGGCAAGUUUCAUUAUAAUUAUUUCUAAUUGGGAGUUGUGGCCUGAAUUUGAGUCUUGCUCAAAAGUGAAUUUAAUAUGGUUUUGGACAAAAGUGUUGGAACAUUUACUUUUUCCAGUUUGGAGUAUGUGGAGAUUUGCAGAAAGAAUAUUUUGGUCUAUAGAAGCCGUAAGAGCUGCGGAUGAGAGAUCAACUAAAGAUGCUGUAUCUGUCAUUACAUCUCCUCGAUCUAUAGAGUUGUACAUAUUCUUACAAUCUUAUUUACAUGCUUUACCACAAGUUUUAUUACAACUCUAUAUUCUUAUACGACAUAACAAUGAUCUAAAUCGCCAAACAGAAAAAGCCCAAAUACUUAGUCUUGUACUGAAUUUAGUAAAAGUUUCCGUAACAACUACUUAUUAUCAACGAUUUAAAUCCCAAAAAUUAACAGGGAAACAAUAUCCAUGGUACAAACAACACGUGGCUAAUGUUCAAGCUUCCAAUGUGGUAGUGAGAAGACAUUUUGUUCCCCAAAGCAGAAAUGAAGAAGAGAGGCUAACGAACAGUCAACUGGUUAAUGAACAUGAUUCAGAUCCUCCAAGAUAUUCUAGAUUAAGUAGGAGAAGAAGUAGUGAUUUUUAUUUAGAACCAACAACCUCUGGACUAUAUCACAGACAUACACUUUUAGAAACCGACUUUGAUGAGAAUGUACAAACAAAAAUUAAAAUUUUAGAUGAAGGACUAGACGAAGUAGAUGGACCACCACAAUAUACAUCUGGAUCAUACGCAGUGCCAAUAAUUGAUGAUUCGAACAGAAUUGUAUCUAGCCAAAGCCUUGUCUCUGAUUAUACAGAACCAGACUUCAACAUUUCUAGAGUUAUAAACGUAAAAGGUUUAGAGGAUGAUGAUCUUGCCGGAAAGUUGAUAGCUAUUGUUUGGUGGUUCACAUUUUUAUUAGCCAGAGUUUUGACGAUAUCUAUUUUCGCAUACUUUUAUAUGAAAGAAACUAUCUACGUAUUAACCAUCCAUUUUAUAUUGAUUGUAGUUAUUCUCGUUUAUGAUGUCAAAUCAGACGCAGUUAAAAGAUCUAAAUCCGUAUUUUUUCUAUUUAUAGGUCUUGUAUAUAUUUUUUGUAUAAUUGAAUUCAAGAUUAAGUUUAAAAAAGCUACGUUAAUUUUCUAUGGAUUCUUCAUAGUGGUUUUUACAGAAAAUAUUAUAAUGUGUUUGUUAUGGUACUUGUUAAGAGUUGAUUCUAUCGAGAAUGAUUUUUGGUUCAGAUACGUUUUUUAUGUUAUCAUUUCUUGUCUUAUCUUAAGUUUUUCGACGAUGGUAUUUUAUUUUAUUCUAAAUAAACCUCAGAAAGUUACAAUAGAAACAAUUGUGAAAAAAUAGUACAGCUCUCUUAUUUUUUGUUCCAUAAAAUGAAUUAUAUAUCAUUUUUGGAAACGUUCAUAUUGCCAGACUUACAAUCAAUUAUACGGGAACCUCAAACUAAUAAAAGUAACUUUUAUAUUAUUCUGAAAUUUCUAUAUUUUAUUUAUAUUAAUAUUCUUUCUCAUUUGGGGUAGUUCGUUUAAACAUCAAUUUAUAGUUUAUCUAUACCUAUAAACUUCUACUUACAAUACUAUUUUGAAUUUAUUUAUAUAUCUAUACCAUUUACCCUUUUACAUUAUUUAGUUUUCAAUUGCUUCUUAAUGAUCUCUACCACAACCUCAUCGUUUUUUUUUCACAAUUUUGUUACUUCAACGUCAUAUCGUCCAGUAACUGACCUUUAAUUAUAAAUUUGACUUUUGUAAGCAACAUCGUAUGAUAGAGCAAUCUAUAGAGUGGUAGAAAUCAUUAACAAAGGCUUUGAAAAAAAAAUUUUUUGUCUCAGCAGCAUUUCAAAAUAGCAGCUAAGCUUUUGAUAAGGUUUGACACAGAGUUGUUAUAUAAAAUCAAAAAUAAACUUCCAUGUCACUUUUACCUAUUAUUAUUAUAUUUGGAGGAUGAACAUUUCUUUGUAAAAUGUCAACAUACAAGAUAACUGUAGGGUACCAUAAGAAAGUAUUCUGUACUCUAUCUAAUUUAUACUUCUGAUCCGCCAAUCACCAUGAAAACAGAAAUAGCAAUAUGAUUGCAAUAAUUUACAAGUGAGUUUAAAUAAAAGUCAAAUCUGGAUAAACAAUUCUAACGUGAAUAAGUCAAAUUAGGGAACAUUUACUUUACACGAAGACACAUACCCACCAGUGACACUUAACAACAUUUAGUUAAAACAAGAAAAUGAGACAAAACACCUGGGUAUGUACCUAGAUAGAGGAUUAACAUGGUCAAAGCAGAUCUUAACAAAAAACUGGGUAUUAAAUUCAGAGAAAUGUACUGGUUCAUUUCAAUUAUUUGGGCUUCAUCCCAUGAAACGAAAAAGCAGACCAACGUGUCAAAGAAACAACAGAUAACAAUGAAGCCAGAAUAGUUAUGGGGAAACACCCUAAACACUUCUAAUUUAUUUACCAUCUAGUUUUCUUUUUACUAUCCCGAUGUGUUCACUAUGACAUCAAAUUCGGCUGUAAGAGACUCGUUUCAUGUACUUUUUCAGUUUCCAGAAUUUUAGAUUCUUUGGGAAUCACUAAUUGGCCAUAAACAAACAAAAAGGCCUUCUUAAAAAGUGUCUCCAUAAAAAAUCACUAAAACAAAUAAUUAGUCACUCAAAGAAAUACAAAAAAAGUACCCAGUGCUUCCGCCUAGCUUUAGAUUCGAUUAAAAUAUUACAGAAGAGCUGGCGUCACGGUCUAUGUCAAUUAGUAACAACAUUAAUCUCUAAGAUUAGGUGUUAUCAAUGUAAAAUUGUCAGGUGGGAAUAAAAUUGAAAAAUAGAACUACUACUAAUUGAAAUCAUUUUAAUACGCUUAUUUAUACGUCUAUACAAUCAACACAAACAUGUGUCAUAACAACAUUAUAUAUUUUAUAACAUAUAUUACAUAUUCUUUUUAAUAAUAAUUUUUAAUACUCUAAACCUUAACCAAUAGGGAAAAAGUUGUUAACAAGUAUGCGGGAGUACAUUUUAAUUUAUUAAAACAAAUAGUAAGUAAUAUAAAAUAAUAAAUCUAGUAUUGUUUGAAGAGGUUGACUAUUGGUACAAUGGUCGAUUAAAAGAUGCUCGGAAGUGCCUAAAAUAGUUUUUGUCACUAUGGUUUAAUGGUGAAAGGUACUAGAGAUGAACAUUACAUUUGCAUUAUACUUUUUUUCUAUUACAAGAAAUGGGAAUUUUUCUACCAUUUGAGGAUGACUAAUUCCACAAUAAAAAGGGAGUACUGAUAAUUUCUCCUGUUUAAAAUACACUGCGUUGCAAAAUUAUAUUUUUUAAAAUUUAAAAACUGCGGCCGAUCAAUUAAACAUAUAUAUUUUCAAUGUUGUAAAUGUUUUUGUAUUUAUCAGAAUAUUAAAAAAAUUCAGCAAAAAGUAAAUUGUAUGGUUUCUGUUAUCAAUUUGCUUUAAAAUAUUCGUAAAAGCCACCUCCAAGCAAAACUCCUCCAAAACGUUUGUGAGAAUAAAAAUAUAUCGACUGGAGAAUGUACUACUUGUCAUAAUUUCAAGUGGCAUGAUUUUUGCAAAAGCAUUAACUUUGUUGCAAACACUGUAUUGCAUAAAAAAUAUACUGUAUUUAUAACUACCAAAUUAGUGAAGAUAAUGUGCAAAGAAGUCUAAUUUCUUUCCUAUAGAAGUGAUGGUUCUUUUUUAACCUUAGAUCAUAUGUAGCAUCUUUUAUAUGUACAAGAAAACAAAAACAAUGUUGAUAGGACAAUAAAUUUGGAGGAAAAAUUAUGUUAAGGGACCAUCAUGGAUAUGGUUGUAAUUCAAGGAGGUCAUCUACACUACUAGAUAAAUAACAGAAUCUAAAACCGCAUAUGCACCAUAUACAAGAGAGAAAAAUUUAUCAAUUAACAACAUUGCACGAUCAAAAGUGGCUAUGGUUAUAAAAUUACCCCCAGAAAACUAAAAAUUGCAAUUUUAGCUUGAUCUAUAACAGGUGCUUAUUAUAACUCUGUUAAACACUAGUGGGAUUAUAUGGUUUGUUGGCUGAUUUUAACUACGAAGGACGUGAGUAGUAAUAAAAAAAUAAUACUUAAUAAUCAAUGAUAUAUUUCUUAAAAAUUCAUUAAUAAAAAUUUGUAUAUGCCCAUAUUAUUAUUUUAUUCCAGUGUCAUCAGAUUUGAAAAAAACUUAAAGGCAAUUUUUUUAUUUUUAAAAUUGUGUUAUUUGUGGCGCAGUGUAUUUUUGCUGACCCUGUAUAACAGUGGAAUUGAAAAAUUUCGAAUUUACUUUCCAUAUAAAAAAUUGAAUGAUGCCCAUUAGCAUAAAGGUCUAAAGCAAUAAAUAUAUAUUUGUUAAAAUGAGACAAUAAAAUAUGUAAAUCCUGUUUGUGAACUUUAUCAAUUAUUUUAAUAUUGUUUUUAAAAAGAAAAUAAGAAAAAAAAUAAAUAGAUAUGACUCAAA